AUGAGCCCACCUGUGCCCAAUCAGACCCUGCACCCAAUCAGACCCCUGCACCCAAUGAGCCUACCUGUGCCCAAUCAGACCCUGCACCCAAUCAGACCCCUGCACCCAAUGAGCCCGCCUGUACCCAAUCAGACCCUGCACCAAAUCAGACCCCUGCACCCAAUGAGCCUGCCUGUACCCAAUCAGACCCUGCACCCAAUCAGACCCCUGCACCCAAUGAGCCCACCUGUGCCCAAUCAGACCCUGCCCAUCGACCCUGCACCCAUGAGCCACUGUGCCAAUCAGACCCUGCACCCAAUCAGACCCCUGCACCCAAUGAGCCCACCUGUGCCCAAUCAGACCCUGCACCCAAUCAGACCCCUGCACCCAAUGAGCCCACCUGUGCCCAAUCAGACCCUGCACCCAAUCAGACCCCUGCAUCCAAUGAGCCCACCUGUGCCCAAUCAGACCCUGCACCCAAUCAGACCCCUGCACCCAGUGAGCCCACCUGUGCCCAAUCAGACCCUGCACCCAAUCAGACCCCUGCAUCCAAUGAGAGCACCUGCACCUAAUCAGACCCCUGCACCGGCACGGGGGUUGGAGUCCAUGAUCUCCACAGGAUGUGAGUGUGGGAAAAGGUGAAGCAGGAGCAAAAUGUCACUAAAGCUCAUCUGCUUCUUCCUCUGCUCUUUGAUUGCACCAAGUCACACAGGUGAAGAUGCUUUGCUGCCAGCACCUCAGAAUAUCUCUAUUCUUUCUACCAACAUGAAACACUUCUUAACUUGGAGUCCUGUGAUCGUCCAGGGAGAAACUGUCAGAUACAGUGUUGAGUUUCAAGGGGAGUAUGAACGAGAGUACGCCAACGAGAGCUGGAUUCCCAUCUGUGAGUGCUCCCUCAUUGCAGCCACAGAGUGUAACAUCACAGAGGACAUCUCAGCCACUGUGGCCUAUAACCUGCGUGUAAGGGCAGACGCUGGUGCCAGAAGAUCAGAGUGGGGCACCCUGAAAGGUUUCUUCAAUCGCAUAACAACUUCCCUGACCCCACCUCUGAUGAAGGUCAUAGCAGAUGGGUAUCAUUUACUAGUGGAGCUGGAAGACAUGGGGCCUGCUUUUCAAUUCUGUGUUCUCUAUUGGAAGAAGGGCCAGGAAAGUAGGAUGCAGCAGAAGCUGGUGAAAGAGGUCAACUCUGUGGUUCACCUGGACACCAUGGAGGCAGGACUUGAUUAUUGUGCAAAAGCCCAGGCAAAGGUUGAGGCCAUCAACAGAAGCAGCAGCUUCAGCCAGACACAGUGUGUGAGGGCACAAGGUGGCACAUCUGUGUGGCUGGUCACUGCCCUUGUGUCUGCUGGUUUUGCUGUGGCUGCUCUGACUCUGCCUUUCCUCAUCUGGAAAGCAAGCAAAAUCCUCCAGUAUUCCUGCUGCCCCACUGCUGUUCAGCCAGACACACUGAAAAUGUCAGAGCCCCCCACCCAGCUGAUACCAUGUGGCAGUGAAGAAGCUGAGCAGUGUGAUUUGAUGGUGCGUGUGAUCCCCUCAGAAGAAGUUCUCCGACUGUGGAUCCAAGAAACACUUUAG